AUGGGCAGUCGUAUUGGGGCUGCUCCAUUCGCCCCGUACGAAGCUAAGUACCCCAUUAUCUUGCCGAAAAAGUAUCCGAUAACCUUCCUUCUUACUGACAGCUACCAUCAACCAAAGGUUCUAAGUUCCUGCUUUGCCGAUUGUCAGCGGUGCAAGAACUCCAAAGCGCUUCCUCGGAUCCCUCGGAUGGCACCGUUACCAAGAGCUCGGCUGACUCCGUUCGUGAAACCGUUUUCGUACGUUGGUAUUGACUACUUCGGUCCGAUGUUGGUCAAAAUGGGAAGAAGUCAAGUCAAGCGCUUUAUUCACCUGCUUGACCAUCACAUGGAGGUCGUCCACACUCUAUCGGCGCAAUCGUGCAUAAUGGUAUUUCGGCGGUUUGUGGCACGGCGCGGGACGCCUCUAGAAGUGUACAGCAAUAACGGCACCUGUUUUGUCGGAGCGAAUCGACAACUGAAGAUGGAGAUGAAGAAGAUCAAUGAAAACUGCACAUCAACAUUCACCAAUGCGCGCACAAAAUGGAUUUUCAAUCCACCUGCAGCACCGCACUUGGGUGGACUGUGGGACCGGAUGGUACGAUCUGUAAAAACAGCCAUGCUUACCAUUGGGGACGGACUGCGACAACCGAACGAGGAAACUUUCAAAACCAUUGUUCUAGAAGCCGAAGCAGUCGUCAACUCACGUCCUUUAACGUACAUCGCUCUCGAUUCGGCUGAUCAAGAAGCACUUACGCCGAAUCACUUCCUGUUGUAUGGGACACAGGGAGAAAAUCAACCAGCAGUGCAGCCAGUAGACUAUUGUAGCGCGCUGAGAAAUAGUUGGAAGCUAGCUCAAUGGAUGAUCGACGAAUUCUGGCGCCGAUGGACUCGUGAGUACUUACCGGUGCUGGCCAGGCGGUCCAAGUGGUUCGAGCCGGUGAAGCCACUCCAGGUGGGUGAUAUAGUGAUCGUGGUGGACGAUAUGACGAGGAAUCAGUGGCGGAAGGAUCACGGAGGUUUUCGUAGCUCCAGAUGGACAGGUCAGGAAGGCUAG